AUGGAAGAUGCCGAUUGGUGGCGACAAGCUAUCGUCUAUCAAAUCUAUCCUCGAUCAUUUGCCGAUCUGAAUGGAGAUGGGAUAGGUGAUUUGCAAGGUAUCACAUCCCGUGUCCCAUACUUGAAAGAGCUGGGUGUGGACGCAGUUUGGUUGAGUCCUUUUUACCCUUCGGCAUUGAAAGAUGGUGGUUAUGACGUAGCGGAUUAUCGAAAUGUCGAUCCCAAGAUUGGUACCCUAAAAGAAUUCGAUGAGAUGAGUCGUGCAUUGAAACAAGCUGGUAUAAGGGUUAUAGUGGAUAUCGUACCUAAUCAUUCGAGUGAUGAUCAUCAGUGGUUCAAGGAUGCUCUGAAAGCUGGUAAAGGUUCUACUGAAAGGGAUAGAUAUAUCUUUAGGGAUGGUCUGGGCGCAGAUGAAUCUGAACCUCCAACAGACUGGCAAUCCAUAUUCGGUGGACCAUCCUGGACCCCCUCCGGAACGGGAGACGGUCAAUGGUAUUUCCACUGGUACGAUUCCUCCCAACCCGAUUUCAACUGGGAAAACGCCGAUGUCCGAGAGGAUUUCCUCGCAACACUCAAAUUCUGGGGUGAUAGGGGCGUAUCGGGAUUCCGUAUAGACGUAGCACACGGUCUGGCAAAAGAUAUGUCCGAACCACUACUAAACUGGAACGAGCUGAAGAAAUUGACAGAGAGGAAAUUGCAGAAUGGGAAUGGGAGUUUGAAACAUCCUUUAUUAGAUAGAGAGGAAGUGCAUGAGAUAUAUAAAGAUUGGAGAAAGUUGUUUGAUACCUAUGAUCCACCUUUAAUGGCCGUAGCAGAAGCUUGGGUAGCACCCGAUCAAAAGGGUUUAUACGCCUCUUCAGAUGGGUUAGGACAAGCCUUUUCAUUCGAUAUGUUACUUUGUAACUUCAACAUUCAAGAGUAUCGGGAAUGUAUCGAUCGAUCGAUAGCGGAAGCCAAGAGGCAUAAAUCAAGUACCACUUGGGUAUUGUCAAAUCAUGAUGUUAUUCGACACGCCACUCGAUUCGGUUUACCUGAUGUACCCAACUCGAACCUCAGAGUAGCCAAGAAUGCCCUUAACCCUUUCUUAGCCGAUAGUUUCAAGAGUACCAAGCUCGACAUCGAAAGCGGUCUGAGAAGGGCUAGAGCAGCUAUAUUAAUGAUUCUCGCUUUACCCGGGUCAACCUAUAUAUAUCAAGGUGAAGAAUUAGGGUUACAAGAAGUGGUAGAUAUCGAACCUUCACAACGACAAGAUCCAGCAUUUCAUCGUACGAAAGGUGAGGAAAUAGGCAGAGAUGGAUGUAGAGUACCUCUCCCUUGGUCAUCAUCUUCUCCAAACUUCGGUUUUGGUUCAGACAAACCAGCUCAUCUACCUCAACCACCUUGGAUGAAAGAUUAUGCUGUAGAUAUACAAUCAACCGAUCCGGAAAGUACAUUGAACCUCUACAAGGAUGCUUUAAAGUUGAGGAAGCAACUUCUAGGUCCUGAAGAUGAAUUUGAAUGGGUCGAGAAUCGUGAUGAACAAGUACUUCAUUUUAGGAGAUCAGAAGGAUGGGAGGUGGUUGUGAAUGUCGGAAAAGAUGAGGUGGCAUUACCUACGGGGGAGGUGCUGCUAAGUUCGAACGGCAAGUUGGAAGAGGGUUCGAAGGGGAAGAUACCGGGAGAAACGACAGUGUGGCUGAAGAAUGUUUAA